CUCUCUCUCUCUAUCUCUCUCUCUCUCUCACCCGUUCUCUUCCGCCCGCACUCUCUCUCUCUAAGGUCCUCAUCACCUAAGGGUUGAAUCGUUGCCACAACAAAACAACUUUCCCUGGUGAACAUUUAAAGAACGUAUCCAGCUCCUGUCUCAAAGCCAGUGGUGGUUUUUUCUGUGUGUUCUUUAGUGGAUGUGCUUACAGUCUUAUUUUUCUUCUCCACCAAUCGAUGUUCCUUCCGUGUUCUUCCACUCACCUCCUGUGGAUGUUCCGUGUGUUCUAUAUCCUCUUGUCAUCCUGUUUUCUGUUCUGUUCCACAAGGCUCAGCUGGCCCUGGCGUCUCCCUCUGGACCUGGGGUGUGUCGGGGGCUAUGGUGAGGACAUGCACCUCAGCAGGAGGACUGGAUGUCAUGGAGGAGAUGGAAUGGGGCUGGAGAGAGGAUUGGGGAAUGUGUUGGGGAGAGAGUUGGAGAGAGGAGGGCUUGGGAAAGAGAGAGGACUGGAGCGAGGGAUGGCGAGAGAGAGAGGGCAGGGAUUGGGGACAGGGCUGGGGCAGGAGACAAGGCUUGGGAGAGGCCUGGGAGGCUGGUCAUUCACCCUGCUGGUCCUGCUCCUCCUCCUCCCCCCGGUGUUCCCCCAGUGCCCUGACAGCUGCCACUGUGUGUGGGAGAGCAGCGUGGUGCUGUGUGCGGACGCUGGGCUCCGUGAGUUUCCCCAGGGCCUUCCUCCGGACACCGUCACCCUCCACCUGGAGAGAAACUACAUCCGCUCGCUUCCCGAGGGCGCCUUCAGGGAACUGACCCACCUGAGGGAGCUGUACCUCUCCCACAACCGCAUCGAGACACUCUCCUCCGGGGCCCUGCGCCACCUGAGCUCAGAGCUCCGUCUCCUGGACCUUUCACACAACCAGUUACGCCGGGCCAGCCGGGACGAGUUCAGUUCCACGCGGGCCAAGACGCGCCUCUACCACAACCCGUGGCACUGCGACUGUACCCUGCAGGAGCUGAUGGAGACGUUAAAUCUAGAGCCGGAGACGGUCAACGGGAUCGUGUGUGAGAGCUCGGUGAGGGGCGCCGGCGAGGGGAGUCGCUGGGAGGAUCCAGGGGGGGCAAGGGAGCACGCCGGUCAACCCCUGGUUAAGUUGCUCGACUCUGGGGUGAACUUCUGUAGUCUCCAGAGGAAGACCACGGAUGUGGCUAUGCUGGUGACCAUGUUUGUGUGGUUCUUCAUGGUCAUUGUUUAUGUGGUCUAUUACGUGAGACAGAACCAGGCUGAGACCAGAAGACAUCUGGAGUAUCUGAAGAGUUUGCCCAGUCCGAGGAAAACACCCACAGAGACAGACACGAUAAGCACCGGUCUCUGAACUAUUUAUUUAUUGCCUUUAUUUAAUCAGGUAAAAGUUAUUGAGAACGCAUUCUCCUUUACAAAAACAACCAAGAGAAGGUUUAAGAAAAGGCUGUAGAGACAAUUCAUGUCUCUGUAUUGGGAUGGAGCUUAUUGUACAAUUGUUAAUCGAAAAUGGAUUCUCUAUAACAACUCUGACUUGAAUUAAAUUAUUACAAAAUUUUCUUUUUGUACCUACUGUGUCUUUUCCAUAAUUAUUUAUAUUUUUUUACCCUAACUACAUUUUUUCUUUUCUUUUUCUGGUGGCUUUCGUCUUCCAUUGUACUCUUAACAGGGAAAACUCACCUUGACCUAAUUCGUUUUGACAGACAGAUAGCAGAUCAUUAAAACAUAUAAUCAGAGGGAGUGUCUGUUUCUACUCUGUAUAUCAGGUUCCGAAGGUAUGUGAUGUUGUUUAGUGUUCAGGAUCAUUAGUCCUACUUCACCUACUUCUCCAGCCCUUGAUGAUCAGUGAAGAAGGCUGUUUUAACCUCUCACUCUACAAGGUCACUGAGUCUGAACCAGCCAGUCAUCUAUAUCCAAAUCCUAUCUUUUACCUCCCUACGAGCCAGGACACACAGCCUGAGAUCCUCUGGCAGGGCACUGUUGACCAUUCCAAAGUGUAGGUUGACAACUAAAGGAGAUCGGGGCAUUUGCCAUCGGGGCCCUGAGACUUUGGAAUGGUCUGCCAGAGGACAUCAGGCUUACAGAUUCAGUGCCUCUUUUUAAAUGCCUUUCUGAAGACACACUUUUAUAAAGAUGCUUAGUACUUUUCUUUUAUGAUGUGAAGCACUUUGUUACUUGUAUUGAAAAGCACUAUACAAAUAAAGUUAUAUUAUUAUAUUAAUCCCCGCUAAUCCCUCAAUCCCCACUACAUCAAUUCCUUCCUGCUGUUCUAAAUUUACCCUGGCCCUAGGAAGUGGGUGGUGAAUCAGUUUUUUAGUCAUCAAGUACGUGGCAAGCAAUCAUUUCUAAAUUGGCCGAGUGGUAGAGACUAGUGUAUGACGGCAUGGUAUCAGCUGUCUCGGAAGCAGAGAAAUUAAAUUAAGACCUGAUUUAGAAUUGGUUUUGUUAAAAAAUGAUCAGACGAAUGAAACGAACUGCUCGUUUCUGUGGAUCCUAAUGUAUCUGCUUAGUGCUGUUUUAAAUCCUGUCUGUCUGUCUGUCUGUCUGUCUGUGGGGUUAAAGUAAUGCUCCUAUAUUUUCCUCCUGGACAUUCUUAUUGUUAGUGAAGUGAGUUUAAAGAGACAAUUGUAUUUUGGAUACAUUCAAUUUGUACCGCGGAGGAUCCACGUUAUAGCGCGAUUGAAAUGUAAAGGUCAUUUUCAAUUGAGCAAACAUAUGCAGAGUUUACCGUGAACGCAGUCUUCGCGAACAGUCUUCGCACUAUGCAUUGAAACUAGGGGCUCUAUUCAAUUGUGGAAGUUCAGCAUUACAGCGUGAUUGAAAUUUAAAGGCAACGUUACCGCAUUAGCAGAGACUGCAUUCACGGUAAACGCUGCAUAUGUCAGCUCAAUCGGAAAUUAUCUUAAAAUGUAUAUUGCGCAAUCUGUAACGCUUCAGCGAUACCGAUUGAAUAGAGGCCUGGGCCUUUGUUAAUGCCCUGAACUAAAUGAAGGCAUGCAGGUGAAUGUGUUAUACGUUGAAUGCCUUUUUUUUUCUUACAUUAUUGAAAUCCCAAAAUGAAAUGGAUUAGAAUUACUCCUGUACCACAUUGUUAUAUCAAUCAGAAUAGGAUGUUAUGUGUUUCAUGAAAAAAAACAGUUUGUACAGUAGCCUAUAUGUUGUAAGUUUGUCUCAGACAAACCCUAAGUGAUUUUGUAUUUUAUGUGUACUUUUGUGGUGUUCAGAGUUCCAUUCUAGUACAGGUUGUGGUAUAGCACUGUCCCUUUAAAUGAUAGCGCUGUUAAUUUAAAUGAUAGCAUUUACCCUUUCAAUGAUAACCCAACUCCUUUAAUCGAUAGCACUGUCCUGUCAUUAACUGUUGCGUAACUGUUUUGUGUCAUAGGCUACAAUGAAUAUAGACCACAAACUGAAUGACAAAACCGAUUCUGUGGAGACGCCGAUAACUCAAACAAAAAGAACCAAGCAUGCAUCCUUCUGUGUCAUUUUUAUAAAGUUUUUUAUUUGUGAUGUAUUUUUGUCCUGCUGAUUUGUUUUCCCUCCUGUUUAAAAUGUCAAUAAUGACUCUAACAAAGAUUACAUCAUAGAUUUGGAAACCAAUACAUCAAAUAAUAAAUGAACUUUAAAACCAAAUUUCGGGAAAAAAAUAAAUAUAUAAAAAAUAAAACAAACGUGGCUCUGUGUUGUUUAGAGAAAUGCUUCUACCUUUUAUUGCUAUUGUGAAAGGUGAAAGGUGAAAGGUGAAAGGUGAAAGGUGAAAAGUCAGGAAAGAAAAUAAAAAAAAUUUAAGGACAGGAUGACAAUCAAUUCAUACAGUUUCUGAUGAUCGCGGUUGGCAAUGUUUCCCAUUCCUCCUCUUAUCUACCAUGCUUAAAAACAAUCUUAAAAUAUUGAAAAAACGAUUUUACAUUUACAAAAUAGUACAUGAUAUGAACUUAGCACCUCCACACUAAAUUUGGAAUACUCUCUCCAACGAAUAAAACAAAAAAUAAAAUGGGGUGCCGCCAUCAUCCAUCUUGUGAUCCAUGGUCUCUCGCUGUGUGUUCUGACUGCAUGCCACCAUUCGAUAUGCAUUUAGCCCAAACACACAGACCAAGGCAGGGUGCAUACAGGGCACACAAUCUAGAUUUGGUAUGGCUUCUAUCUCUGGGAAUAUAAUACCAACAGAAAUAAGUUCAAUCAUACUUUCAGGUUACAGAAACAAAUAAUCUCCCCGGAUAUUUUAUGCCACACACUCUUCUCUCGAGCAUUAUGGGGGUGAAUAGCAACCCCCAAAAAAUGUAAAUAAAAAAUGUAAAAUAAAAAGUGACUUCAGCCUGUUACUUGUUUUUCUUUUAUUUCCAAUUUACAUGAAUCAAAACCGUAACAAAAACAAAAUCAGAUCAUCAUAUUUAAUAAUACUACUAAUAAUAGUAAUGCUAUUAUUAUUAACAAUAAUACUAUUAUUAAUAAUAAUAACAAAAAAUAUACACACCCUCACAAACUAAUGCACCCUCUACCCUGGUCAUGAUGAUUUUCCUCUGUGUGUAAAUGAGGGCUGGAUUGUCUAGUAGUGAUAUCAAGUCUAACAGCCCUAUCCCGUUCGUGAUCCUAGGGGGGCGUGUCCUGAUCCUAGAGGGGCAUGGCCAGGGCCGAGGUACUUCCUGCCAGGGCAGAAGGUACUUCCUGUGUGAGGGGACAGUGGGGGCUUAUGGGAGGAAGUGGAGUGGGAUAGGUCAAGGGUCAAAGUCAACUUCUGGUGGGCUUCUCACAACAUGGGGUCUAAUGCACCAGAUAAGAUCGCCCAAGCUCGAUUUGUAAACUUGGAUUCAGGGUUAAAAGGCCAUAACUUUGCUUUGUUGUUUUUUUAUUUUUUUAGUGUGAGGUAGCUUAAAAUAUUAUAAUUAAAACAAAAUAAAACAAACAAAAAAAGUUUAGAGCUGGGUUUGAUUCCGAAUUGAACAUGUCUCUUACAAAAUAUAUAAUGGACAUGGUUUAUGUUUCAUUGGGCUGCAAGGAGGAGGGUCGGGGUUGGGGGGGAGGGGCAGCGACAUUUACCACUCUGAAAAAUAAUCUCAGCGUGAAAUGUACUCUCUGAAAAAUUUAUAUAUAUAUGUAUACACA